GACUAAACUCUAUAUUCGGUUAUUAAGAGUUGCUGUAGACUAAACUCCGAACAAGUGAGGGUUUGGUUAACUUAUUUGCCACGAUGAUGAAAGGAGUUAUCAUUGGAAUUCUCUUUGUCAACUGCAUUGGUAUUUUUGGAAAACCACGUCCACGACUGAUGAAAAGGAUUGUAAAAAGACACACGAAUCGCGGUUUUAACAUUGAAAAGUAUCAAGAGGAUCAAUUAAAUCUACACAACUACUAUAGAAGUCUUCAUGGAGUUCCACCUUUAGUUCUAGAUCCAACAUUGAGCGAGGAGGCCCAAGACUAUGCUUACAGUAUGUUGAGAAAUAAUGAGUUCCAAUAUUGUGAUUCCACAAAAUGCAAUCCAAGUGCUGCAGCAGAGAGCAUUUCCAAAAUGACAAACGCAACAGAACAUUGGUACCAACAAGUAAAUGACCUCGAUUAUUGCUCAUUCAAUCAAGGAAGAGCGUCCACAAGACCAGGCAGUGAAGGAAAAAUAAUCUUUGAUUUUACCCAACUUGUCUGGGCAUCAACAAAAAAAAUUGGCAUUGGUUUUGCUCAUAGUGCAGACGGAAAGAAAAAAUACGUUGUUGCUCGCUAUUUCCCCCCAGGAAACUUUUUUGGGCAAUUUUCGCAAAAUGUACCCAAAGCAGUACACAUGAAAGAAAAAUAUCAAUUAAACUGCGAUGGUGUGAAUGGUGGAUUUACAGAAUGGUCUCAACCAGGCGCAUGCUCAAAGACCUGUGGUAAAGGUAUAAGUUACCAGACGAGAAGCUGCAGUAAUCCUAAACCAUCUUUGAAUGGUAGAGCUUGUGUUGGAGAAAGUGAACGGUUGCAUCCAUUCUGGUGCAAUUCACAGAGCUGCCCUGUUCCAGUUGAUGAAAGAAGUCUUCAAUGUGAAAAACGCGGUUUUGCACCAGUCUCGUACAACUUCGGAGGAAAGCAUGAAUGUAUUCUGAUGUGCCAAGAGCCGAAGUCAAGUAAUCUCUUUUCCCCAAGAGGAACAGUCGAUGAUGGUUCGCUUUGUAACAAUGAAAAUGGCACUUGCAUCAAAGGACAGUGCACAUUGCUCGGCAGCGAACCAAUGACAUCCUUUCCUUAUAUUAAAACGCCAUUUUCAAAACCUCCCAGUAACAAUACACAAGCUUCAACUAAGCAAAUGAACACGACGGUCAUAGCAACAACACAAGAGGCCACCACCACCGAAGCAGAAACGACAACACAAAAGCCUACUACCACAGUACCACCAACGACAAUGAGCACAACUAUAAAUGCAAUUGUGUUAAAUGGUGGCUACUCAGAAUGGUCCCAACCUGGUCCAUGUUCUAAAGUGUGUGGUACCGGUAUCAGUUACAGAAUGAGAACAUGCUUGGUACCACAGGCUAGUGGAGGAUGUGUUGGUCCCAGUCGAGAGAUAUAUAAAUACUGGUGUAAUCCACAGCCAUGCAAACCAUCAAUUGUCGAUCGCAAUUAUCAAUGCAAAAAUCGAGGCUAUAAUGAAGUGGGUCAUGAUUUUGGUGGUGCAGAUGAAUGUAAUUUACACUGUCGGGAUUCGGAGACAGGCUACUUUUUUCAUCGUGGCUCUGUUGAUCCUGGAACACAGUGUAACCAUGGAAAUGGCGCUUGCGUAGACAAUAUUUGUGUACCAAUGACGUAUAAACCAGGUACAGUUAUUGUAGGUAAAUACCAUGAGAUUCCUUCAUCCACUUACUGGAAGAACAUCAUUGUUGCCAUACCUAAUGGCUCGAAAAAUGUCAAAAUUAUGCGCAAAAAUCGUGAAGUAGAUGCCGUUGUAGGUUAUCGUUCCAACAAAGCGUAUGGUUAUGAAGCAUCAAGCGUUGUGAAAGGUGUAAAAGUCAUUUAUCAUUUUAAUUCAGAUAUCACCAUACACGGUCCUGUAUAUCCUACUGAAGGCUAUCAAAUCGUGAUCUACGCUCUUGGUGAAUCACGAGCUAAUAUUGAGUUCGAGUACACUCCACCAUCAAUAUAACGUGUAGCUUUAAGUUUUAUAGUUUUUGAAAAUAUCGACUUGACGCAAAACAGCCAUUAUAUAGCAGUAUGCCAUAUAAUUAAUUUCGUUGCUUGAGAACGGGAUCACUAUAUUAUUCGUAAAUGUCGUGAUUUUUGUUUUGGGAGAAAUGAAAUGCAGAUGUUGACUAUCAGUCAUCGGAGGACCACAAAGCAUUGUUUUGGGCAACUUUUUCCCUCUAUAAAUAAAUAUUACGAUCAUUGA